AACAUUCAUCAUCAUUACCACAAUCUUUACUCCAACAAUGUCUCUCCAAUUCUUCAUCUUACUCAUCUCUCUUUCUCUCCUCCUCUCUCCUUCCAUCUCCGGCCACCACCACUCUCCGUCAAAGACAGUAACUUGGUGUGGCAAAACACCAUACCCACAACCCUGUGAGUACUUCUUAACCCACAACCCUAAAUACAUCAAACCCAUCAAACAAAAGACAGAUUUCUUCAAACUCUCAGUCCAACUAGCCCUAGACCGAGCAUUACAUGCCCAAGCCCACACCUACAAGCUCAGUUCGAUGUGUCACAAGGAGCGCGAAAAGGCGGCUUGGGCCGACUGUCUCAAGCUCUACGAGUAUACAAUCCACAGACUCAACAAGACAGUCAACCCGACCACCAAGUGCAGCCAACACGACGCCCAAACCUGGCUGAGCACUGCCUUGACAAACCUUGAAACGUGUCGAGAAGGGUUUGAAGAGCUUGGUGUCGCCGACUAUGUCCUUCCAUUGAUGUCUAACAAUGUUUCUAAGUUGAUUAGCAACACUUUGGCUAUGAACAAAGUUCCAUAUCAUGCGCCGAGUUAUAAAAAAGGCGGGUUUCCGAGCUGGGUUAAGCCUGAUGAUCGGAAAUUGUUGUCUUCAUCGCCUCGGGCUGUGAAGGCAAAUGUGGUGGUAGCGAAGGAUGGAUCGGGGAAUUUUAAGACGAUCAGACAGGCAGUGUCAGCGGCGAGAAAGAAAGGUGGAAGUAAGAGGUUUGUGAUUUAUGUGAAAGCUGGGAUUUAUAAAGAGAAUAUUGAGAUUAAAGCAAAUAAUGUUAUGUUGAUUGGUGAUGGGAUUGGGAAGACUAUAAUCACUGGAAGCAAGAGUGUUGUUGGAGGCUCUACCACCUUCCAAUCAGCCACUGUUGGGGUAGUCGGAGAUAGGUUUAUAGCACGGGGCAUCACAAUUAGGAACACGGCCGGAGCAGUGAACCAACAGGCUGUGGCAUUGCGGUCAGGUUCCGACCUCUCAGUAUUCUAUCGGUGUAGUUUUGAAGGGUACCAAGACACAGUCUACGUCCACUCUCAACGACAAUUCUUUAGAGAAUGCGACAUUUAUGGAACCGUAGACUUUAUUUUUGGGAACGCCGCUGUCGUCUUCCAAAAUUGCAACAUAUAUGCUCGAAGUCCCCCUAACAAGACAAACACCAUAACUGCCCAAGGCAGAACUGACCCUAACCAAAACACUGGAAUUUCAAUCCACAAUUGCACAGUUACCGCAGCUUCAGACUUGAAGCCAGUGCAAAGUUCAGUUACGACAUACCUUGGUCGUCCAUGGAAGCAGUACUCACGCACGAUCUACAUGAAGACAUUCCUCGAUGGAUUGAUUGACUCGACAGGGUGGAUGCCAUGGAGUGGCAAUUUUGCUCUUAGUACUUUGUAUUAUGGAGAGUACAUGAACACUGGUCCUGGCUCCUCCACCGCUAACAGGGUGAAAUGGGGUGGCUACCAUGUCAUAACUAGCGCCACUGUGGCUUCCAAAUAUACGGUUGGAAGCUUUAUCUCUGGCAAAAGGUGGUUGCCAGCCACCAAUGUGCCAUUCACACUUGGCCUUUGAUUUACGUCUGCACGCAUGGGUUAAGUUCUCCAUGGCAAACCAUUUAUUUUCUUGCACCAAAAUAAGGAUUGUAUAAAAGAGAAUAAAAUGUGGUGCAAAUUUGGUGUGAUUCUUAAUCACUAUUGUUGUAUUGUUUUUACAAAAAUAAAAAAUAGAAAGAAGAAAACAUUAUUUCCAUGUAGAGUUGUCAUUCUUUUUUUAAUUGUCAUAAUGUUUGUCAUUGAUGUCCAAUAAUUUCUUAUUAAUCAAAUUUCUAUGGUGGUUUUGAACUUCA